GAGGUGAGUCUUUUCUACAUGUAUGUUAUGCUAUAUUUCUUUCUUCUUGUCAGCUUUUAUUGAAUAGAUUAAAAAUGAUUUGAAGGUGCUUUAAAACUGCUUUUUGUUAUUGACUAAUGAGUGUGUUUGGUGAUGUGCUUAUUAGUUGUGACCCUGUUUGAUUAAUAUUUAUGGGGAAAUUGGGAUCAUACUAAUUUGCUUAGAACUGUGUGUUAUGUACGCUUUCAUGUACAGAAUGUAAUUGACAUGCUUGUGAUGUUUUGUGUGGUUUGGGUGUGAUAAUUAACAAUUUCACUGUAAAAGGCCUGUUCCGACAUGAUGCAACAUAACUUUAAAUCUCAGACCCACAAACUUUCACAGAGAAAUUAUUUUUGUCGCUAGGUUUCAUAAACAAUGUGGCUCAACUUACAUGUAAUUUGUGAAAAGGUAACAUUACAUGGUAUUGACUUCUUUGUUUUUUUCUUUUUAACUUUUUAUAGAAAAUUUCCUUAUUUGAAGUUGAGACAUGUAUGUAUAAUGCAUGUUUACUCUCAUAUCUGUAUCAUGUAUAAAAGAACAAUGCUUUUUGCAACUUUUUGUUAGAGAACUCUGCUUUUCUUUGGUUUGAUGAUUUGUUAUGAUUUUAUUAAGGGAUCCAAAUGUUGUCCGUCCGUCCGUCACAAACAUUAUCACACAUAGUUCCGCAACCGUUAAUCACUUUUCAACCAAACUUGGGUGGUAGAUGUAUUAACGGGACUUGCAUGUAAUGCUGCAGUUGGAGGUCACAUGGUAAGGUCAAAGGUCAUUUUCAGGUCAACAUUAAACAUUAAGUGCCAGACUCUCUUAUGACAUAGCUCGCAACCGUUAGUCACUUUUCAACCAAACUUGGAUGGUAGAUGUACUUUAAUAGGGGACCUGCAUGUUAUUUUGCAGUCGGAGGUCACAUGAUAAGGUCAAAGGUCAUUUUCAGGUCAAUGUUAAAGUUUGCGUGCAAGACUCUCUUAUGACACUUAACUCCACAACCGUAAGUCACUUUUCAGCCAAACUUGGAUGGUAGAUGUAGUUAUUGAACGUGCAUGCUAUGCUGCAGUCAGAGGUCACCCGGUAAGGUCAAAGGUCAUUUUCAGGUCAACAUUAAAGUUCACGUGCAAGACCCUAUAAUGACACAUAACUCCACAACCGUAAUUCAUUUUUCACCCAAACUGUGGUUUUAGAUGUACUUAGGGGACCUGCAUAUCAUGACGCAGUCAGAGGUCACAUGGCAAGGUCAAAGGUCAUUUUGAGAUCAUUGUUAUGACAUAACUCCGCAACUGUAAGUCACUUUUCACCCAAACUUGGGUUGUAGCUGUACUUAAGAGACCUGCAUGUUAUUUUGUUCAGAGGUCACAUGGUAAGGUCAAGUCUCAUUUUGAGGUCAACAUUAAAGUUUGCGUGCAAGAAUCUUAUGACAAAUGUUUUUCCAUCCCACUUAUUUUACAAUGAACCUUUAAUACAAUUCUGUUGCAUGCCCUUGCAAAUCCCGAUAUUUCCGGUUACUUUCACAAGUGGGCGAGACACAACAUCGCUUAUGCCUUGUUUAUCCAUGGGUGCAUCUUGGUUUAGUGACUGACUGUCGCCUUUCAAACAGAGGGUCACAGGCUCGAAUCCUAGCCAUGGCAUGUUUUCCUUCAGCAAGAAAAUUAUGCACACUGUGCUGCACUUGAUCCAGUUGAGGUACUAGUAUAUUGUAAAUAGGUACCUGGCAGGAUUAAUUCCUUGAAUGCACUGAGCGCUGUUGAAAAAGUGGUAGCUGGAGCUGAAGUCACGGUAAUAAUAGCAGUGCUUUGUAUAUUUCUCUGGCAAAAAAUGCUGUAUAAAUUCAGCUAUUCUUAUUAUUUUUACUUUCUUUGUUUUCAAAGGGCAACAAGAAUUACAUGCAGAUCAGAUUUAGAAUUGACCAAACAACUGACUGAUCUUGUUGAUAACUUUACCCUCCUUGAUAUACUGAGUAAGGAAGAACAAGAAGACGUUCUCAACCAAAAGAUUGAUGACAUCAAGAAGAAAAAUGAAGAGAGAGCUCGACGUCACCAGGAAAUAGAGGCAGACAAGAAACUAGCCAGUAGUACUGGAUCUACUGUCACUAGUCCACCUUUGAGUACCUGUUCCUCAACAUCUUCAACAUCAUCAUUAUCUCACCAAUCGCCAACCCAAACCAACACCAAUAGAAGUGCUAACUCAUCUCCAUCGCCAGCUUCUCAACAAAGAUUGCAGGGGAGAUCACAGCCUUCUCUCUCACAUCAGAAUUUGCCAUCAUCAGGUCCUAAGCAGCAGGGUCAAAGGAGUGAUACCGCUUCACCUUUGACCUUUACCAACCAGUCAACAUCACCUCCUGACAUAGCAGCAAGGCAGCAGCAGCUUCUUGAACAAAGGAGCAACUCAUCUUCACCAUUCUCAGAAGCAGGCAGCAUAGGAGAAAAGAUGGCUGAACCCAAACGCACUGUAUCCAAUCCAUCUGCAUCAGGUAGGGAUCAGUCUAACUAUGAAUUCAUCAACAUUGAGCUUCAGAAUACUGGUCGUGGUCUAGGUUUUGGUCUAGUAGGAUCACAUGGUAUUGGAGUGGUUGUAAAGACCAUUGUACCUGGAGGAGCAGCAGAACAGGACGGUCGACUUGACAGUGGUGAUAUUGUAUCUCAGAUCAAUGAUAUCAAUUUAGAAGGAAAGACACGGGAUGAGGUCUACAACAUUCUCAAAACCACCACAGGGAUGGUACGCCUUAAAGUCAAGAGAAAUUUAGCAAAGUCCGGCAAAGUUCAGAUGAAGAGAGAUGUCCAACAGGCAAGAAAAGAUAAAAGACCAGUAAGUAUGAACACUAAUUUGUAAAGAGAACAAACUGAAAUCAUAACAUAUCUAUCCAUCUCACUGGACUUUAAACAAAAUUUUGUUUUCCUCAUUUUUUAUUUAUUUGUGAUAUAAACAAGUAAAACGAUACUUUUUUUUCAAAUUAUGAAGCAUAAGGUGACCCGCUUUUAUUGUUUUAAUGGGUUCAAUCGUUUAUGAGGUAUUGUGUCAAUUGCUUGAUUUUUCAGGGAGAACACUGUUGAACUGAAAUUAAUUUACAACAUUGGUUUGUGAACUGUCUGAAAAUAUUAUAAGACAUGGGCACAGUGAACAUUCAUUAAGUUGUUGCAUAUUACAUUCUUCAUCAAGUUAUGCCUAAAUAUUUGUAAAAAUAGUGAAUUAGGAAAAGAGAUGAUUGGACAGGAUUGGCACCUCACUUAUUGUUAAUAGUAAAAAAGUCAAAUUAUGGGAGCUUCAAGGAUUUUCAGUUCAGAGCGAGACUAAAGGCGCCGCUUUUCCGAUGGCGGCGGCGACGUUGUCAACAUUGAAAUCUUAACCAAGGUUAAGUUUUUGAAAUGUUAUCAUAACUUUGAAAGUAUUUUGACCUAGUUCAUGAAACUUGGAUAUACGGGUAAUCAAGUAUUACUGAACAUCAUGCCUAAGUUUCAGGUCACAUGAUCAAGGUCAAAGAUCAAAUAGGGUCAACAAAAUUUGGCCAUGUUGGGGUUAUUUAAGGAAUUGUAACUUUAAAAGUUUAUGGAUCUAGUUCAUUAAACUUGGACAUAAGAGCAACCAUGUAUCCCUCAAUAUCAUGUGCUAGUUUCAGGUCACAUGACCAAGGUCAUAAGGUCACUUAGGGUCAAUGAACUUUGGCCAUGUUGGGGGUAUUUAACCCUAUCCAGGCCGGGGGGGGGGGGGGGCCUCGGAGGCCCCCCCUAAACGAAUCGCGCAAUAUUUUUGCCAUGCGAAAUCUUUUGACUGCGCCGCUCGCUGACUUUUUACUUUCAAGUCUUGCACAACUUUUGAGACCAGUUUUGUGUCACCCAGGUAUGCGGUUCCGAAAUUACGCAACAUUAUGUAAGUGCAUGUCAGACCAAAAAUUGCUCAAAAACGUGAUUUCGUGUAUAAAGUCAAUACAAAUUGUGUUUUCAACCAAAAAUCAUAAAUGUAUGAUUAUUUUUAGUUUUGCUGGUCCAAAUGUAUUUAUUUUAUGCUGUUUAUGAUCUCAGAAGAGUCCCCAACAAAUUUCAUUG